AUGGCUGAUCCUAAACCACCAUCGGACAAUGUCCAAGUACAGAUUACCACCAUUAAACUAUCUGGAGUUUCAAAUUAUUUAUUAUGGGCCCAAGCAGUACAAGCUUACAUACAUGCCAAGGGCAAACUGAAAUAUAUUACAGAUGAUCCUCCAAAUCGUGAUCCUAAGGAUCCUACCACAUUUACAGCGCAUGAGGAGUGGAUGCGUGAAAAUUCUAUUAUAAAGAUAUGGCUUUGGAACAGUGUUGAACUUGCUAUUGCUUCCAAUGUGAUGUUUCACACUCUUGCAAAGGAUGUCUGGAAUGACUUGUGUGAAAGCUUCUCUCAAGAAAGGAAUAUCUCCCUUGAGUUCCAUGUUGCAAAAUUUCUUGCUGGACUACAUCCUGACUACCAGUCUGUGAAGAGUCAGUUACUUACAGGAGAGAAGGUUGAAGUUUUUUCUCGUCUCAACCUUCUGGCUAAUUCCUCCAAGCUUGGCAAAAUUCCCAAGGACAACUCAGCAUUUGUUGCUAAUCGUGGACGGGGACAUGGUCGUGGCCAAUUUAGAGGUCGUGGCCGUGGCUCUGGCUCUAGUGGAGGAGGUACAGGACCUCAAUAUAUGGACAAAUCUGCCCGCCAAUGCACUCAUUGUGGCAAACCAAAUCAUACUGUGGAUACUUGUUGGGCCAAGCAUGGAAAACCUGAGUGGGCAAAUGAACUAGCCAAUGUAGCCACCACUGACACUGCUAAUGAGAAAACCACCAGUGACAUGAACCAGAGUCCAACUACUUCAUCUGUGUCUCGUGAUGAUUACAACUAG